GCACCUACCUACUAAAUAUGUAUUGAUUAACUACCUCUGCCUCAAAAGAACCUUUUGUGUCGACUGUGCAGUGAAUUAUAUUAAUCAUUUUUGGACAUUAAUAUUUAAUAAAUUUUAAAUGAAUUAAGUAUAGUGCUUAGAUAGAGAUCUGAAUAUAUACAUACUAUUAUUUCAAGGUUUAUUUUAAAAAAAAUGGCAUGGACCGGAUACCAGAAGUUUCUAGCACUAGUUAUGGUGGUAACGGGGUCUAUUAACACCCUGAGUACCAAGUGGGCAGAUAACAUCGAUUCUAAAGGUUCCGAUGGGAUAGUUCGCACAUUUCAACAUCCAUUCCUCCAGGCUUUGUUUAUGUUUUUCGGUGAAAUGAUGUGUCUGUGGACUUUCAAAUUAGUUUAUUGGUGGAACAGAAGGAGCGGCACAGAAAGCCAAUUGACUCAGGGCAGCCAAGACUUUAACCCAUUCAUAUUGAUGCCCGCAGCUAUGUUUGACUUGAUUGGAACAUCAAUCAUAUAUAUUGGGCUGACCCUGACCUAUGCCAGCAGCUUCCAGAUGUUCCGAGGUUCUAUUAUUGUGUUCGUAGCUCUGUUCUCAACUAUAUUACUUGAUAGAGUUAUUAAAAGACGAGAAUGGUUUGGAAUAUCUCAAUUAAUCUUGGGGCUGAUAAUAAUUGGUGCUACUGAUGCCAUCUAUCAGUCCCCCGAUGACUCUAAAGGUAGAAAUAGUAUGAUAACUGGGGACUUGUUGAUAAUCCUGGCCCAAAUUAUACUCGCCUGCCAAAUGGUUUACGAAGAGAAAUUUGUAUCUGGUCUCAAUAUUCCACCACUACAAGCUGUUGGCUGGGAGGGUGUUUUUGGAUUUUCAAUGCUAUCGGUUCUACUUGUGAUAUUCUACUUUAUCCCAGCCCCACCGCACUUUGACAACAACGCUAGGCAUACCGUCGAGGAUUUUAUUGAUGGACUGGUGCAAAUAGGAAACAACUCAUUUCUACUGCUCGCUAUAAUGGGAACUGUAGUUUCCAUAGCGUUUUACAACUUUGCUGGUAUCAGUGUCACCAAGGAAAUGUCCGCCACCACAAGAAUGGUCCUAGAUUCUGUGAGGACCCUCGUCAUCUGGAUGGUAUCUCUUGGAGUGAAAUGGCAGGUUUUCCAUUGGCAGCACCUGAUAGGUUUUGCUAUCCUAAUCUUUGGUAUGGCCGUCUAUUAUGACAUAAUCCCAAUGAAUUCCAGAAGACCUGCCGACGAUGAAACUCCUGUUGUUAACUCGGAAGCUGAUAGACUCGAAGAAGCUUAAAAUAAGAUAAUUAUUUAUGUACAUAUAUAUAUAUAUAUAUAUAUAUAUGUAUAUUUAUAUAUAAGUUUUUCUAUUAUAAACUAUUAUGUACUUCUCUUGGGUCAUGUCUAUGAUUUAAUAGUCAAUCUAUUGCUCAGUUUUAAAAAUGUUUAUAUUCAUUGCAUAGUUAAGGUGUAUAGGUUAUUAUGAUAAGUAAGUUUUUUCAAAUCUUUUAUAUAAAACUAUAUUUUCGGGUGUGCCUCGCAUCUACAGUUAUUUUAUGUUUUCAACCUGACGUCUCAAUUACUUUUCAACACCCCAGAUCAUACUAGCAAUAAGACGAGAUAAUACUAUGACUACAUUGAUUUUUUUGGAGGCAAGUUGCUGGAAAUUAAUUGGAAUGCUAGCUUAAAAAUAAAAAGGUAAGUAUAUAUGCGAGUCAGGUCCGGAAAUAUAGUAUUAUACAAAUGUGUACUAUAUGUGAACAUUUUGAAAUCUUUAUUGUUCUAAACUUGUACAUAUUAUUUUCCCUGUUCAUGUUAAUAGAGUCAUUGUAAAAUAGAUUAUUAAUUAUAUACUUUUCACCUUACGUUCCUAUCUGACAAGGUUUGGAAGGCUAUAUAAUGUGAUAUAUCCAUGAUUUUAUAUGUUUUUACUGACAACGCAACUGUAUUGGCCCUCCGACAUGAAGUAUAUACAAAGAACAUUCACGUACACUGUAAACAAAUAUAGUAUUGCAGUAAUUUUUUUUUUUUUUUUGACUAGUUUUGUAUAAAUAUUUGGUGAGAGCGAAAUGUUAAGCAAUAAAGAACGUAUCCUAAGUAUAUACUUUUGCAUAAAUGUG